GACGUAACUGUCAUGGCCGCGGGAUGUGGUUCGGAGUGAACCCGCUGAGGUGGAACAAGCCGACGCCAGUGUCCCCACGUGACAAGAACGUCAAGCGACCCCUCCAUCGCUUCCCACAAGGAAAGGAAAGCAUUACAUCUCAUGCAUCACCUACGAACCAGAACGCUGCUGCCCACGCUGCUCCAUCGGCACCAUCCACUUUCGUCGUCGAGACACCCGUUCUCCACCUUCAACCGAUUCCCCCGGCUGCACCGCCGCAACCUGCGCCGUCCCCCACGUCCACUCGUGUGCUCUACGGACACACAGCCGGCGUCUGCGCACUACUCGCAUCUGACGACCGAUACAUGGUGUCUGCGUCCAUGGAUGCCACCAUUCGCGUGUGGUCCCGACGGUCUUUCCACUGCUACAACAUCCUAAAGGGUCACACGGAUGUCGUCUGCACCGUCGCUUUGAACGUGACUUUCCUCGUGUCAGGCUCUCAUGACUCCACCGUCGGAAUAUGGCGCGCGACCGAAGACUUCCGUCUGCACCGGCGUUUAAGCGGCCAUGCAGGUCGCGUUACUCAAGUCGCGUUCGUCCCGACUUCAGGCAAUAUGGCUGUGUCGGGGUCCGAAGACUUUACGCUUCGUGUGUGGCAGUGCGAUGUUGGGCUCUGUCUCGCUGUCCUCGCCGUGCAUACCAGUCGAAUCUCGUGCAUGCUCAUGACCUCCACGGCGAUCUGGAGCGGCGGUGCCGAUGCAAUCGUAUCUGUCUGGCGCGUUCCCACGCCAUGCUCUGGUUCGUCGACUUCCGCCGUAGUGCUGGCGUCCUUUCGACUUCAUUCCAAGACAGUCCAGGCGCUGGCGAUAUGUCAGGGAACUGUUCUCUCUGCGUCCAACGACGGUACCAUCCAGUCGUACGAUGCCGCCACUCUCGCUUCCCGCCGUUGUAUCGUGGUUGGGCCGCCUUUGUACACACUCACAGUCCUCCCUCGUCUCCAUCAAGUAGUCGCAUCGGCCAGGGACGGCACGCUGCGAAUCUACAACGUCGACGGGAUUGGAAGGGACGGUAGAUCCGUACAAGUUCUCCCUGGAGUUUGGAUUCCACAUGUCCAACUGCAGGCGGCGUCGGAAGUGUUCCUCGCUUGCAUUGCCGCCAGUACACUUUUCGUCGUGGACGCGCGGUCACGGCGCAUCGUCGGUCAAUGCGAUACUCCCCACGGUGGACUUAUUCACAGCCUCGCUUGGCUCAAUGCGUCCACCGUCGUCACGACCGGCGCGGACGGCCUCAUUCACUGCGCCACAUUCGACCUGCCCGAAGAUGACUCGGCCGAUUCGAAAUUCCCCUCCUCGUGACAACUUUCGUUUUU